AAUCAGGAAAUAGAGCGCAACUUACACACACAACACACCAGAGGAGAGAGAGAGAGAGAGAGAGGGAGAGAGAGGGGGAGGGAGAUGGAGAGGGAGAAUUGCAAUAACUAGAAACCAUUGAUUGAUGUCUCCCUGUGUACUCCCCGGAAUUAUUUCGCCGUGAAGGAUACGAUGGGGCGUUCACCGUUUGACGAGGCAAACGGAAGCUCAUAUUCUUCGUCACAGCCUCCAAUCCCUCAAAGGUUUGUUAUGUUACUUGAUGCCACUUCUCCUUCAAUGAUACUUUGAAAAUUUGGCAGUAGUAGAAAUGUGUUUUCAUUGUUAGCACAAAGAGAGGUAUCUCCGAGAACAAAAUGCUUGCCUAGACGGAAUUGGGGGAUUGCUACUACAAGGAAUGCUGAAUUUUCUUUGGGGUCCCGACCUGAAGCAACGAGAGAUGCAAAACGCGACCUUUUAUCAUGGGUUGAGGCCGAGUCGUUGCGACAUUUAUCAGCUAAGUAUUGUCCUUUGAUGCCGCCUCCAAGGUCAACCAUUGCAGCAGCAUUCAGUCCUGAUGGGAAAACCCUUGCUUCAACACAUGGUGAUCACACUGUAAAGAUAAUUCAUUGCCAAAGUGGAAGCUGCUUAAAGGUGUUGAGUGGUCAUAGAAGAACUCCCUGGGUGGUUAGAUUCCACCCUGAGCAUCCAGAAAUACUUGCAAGUGGAAGUUUGGAUCAUGAAGUUCGUCUGUGGAAUGCACAUACAUCAGAGUGCAUCGGAUCUCUAGAUUUUUACCGUCCUAUUGCUUCCCUUGCUUUUCAUGCUGAAGGGGAAGUCCUUGCUGUUGCUUCAGGUCACAAGCUAUAUAUAUGGCACUAUGAUAGGAGAGGGGAGACUUCCUCACCGACUGUUGUACUGAAGACCAAGCGUUCACUGCGGGCCGUGCAUUUUCAUCCGCAUGGUGCUCCCUUUCUCUUAACAGCUGAGGUUAAUGAUCUUGGCUCUUCAGAUUCCUCAAUGAUAAUGGCAACAUCUCCAGGAUCUUGGCGUUAUCCUCCUCCUGCUGUUUAUGUGGCAAAUGUGCAAUCAACUGAUCGUUUUAGUAUGUCAACUGAAUUGCCUUUGAUGUCUUUACCUUUAUUGUUCUUGCCUUCUUUUCCAAGAGAGGAUUCAAGGACAGAUCCACAACUCGGUAACAGACCAGUUGGUCCAAGUCACGUUGGAGUGGGAUCUUCUUCUUCAAUGCAGUUUCAGGGGGAUGUAAAUGCAAUAGAGCAGCCUGACCAUAUGGAUUUGGCUCCUGAGAGUUCUUCUAACUCACAUUCUGCAAUCAGGGGAACAUUAACCAAAUAUUGCCCUACUGGAUUGCAAGAUUCUGUUGCUGACACCACCAUGGAUUCCAUGGAGACCACUGAACAGCAACUUGAUGAGGGGUACCAGCAGAGUUUAAUUUCCGAAGCUGGUGGAGUACCCAGGUCAACUGGUUUUCAGGUAGACAGGGUUUCUGUAGAAUCGAGACAACAUCAGUUUCUACAUUAUGGAGAUUCAACACGUUGGGAGCUACCAUUUCUGCAAGGAUGGUUAAUGGGUCAAAGUCAGGCUAGCAUGGCCCCUGUGCUUCCUGUUGAAGGGGGGAUGCCAAUGGCUCCUGUAGCAAUGCCAUCUUCUGUGAACAGAAAUGUGGUUUCAGGAGGAUCUGGGUUGCGGGAUCUGUCUUUGCAGACCCAUUUGAUGUCUGCAUUAGACUCCAGACAAGGUGCGGCUCAUGUUAGUAAUUCACAUGGUAGGAGUGAUUCUAUCCCCAUUUUGAGUAGAAUUCAGUCUGAGCUUGCUGCGUCACUGGCUGCUACUGCACCUGCGGAGUUACCUUGCACAGUGAAGUUAAGAAUAUGGCCGCAUGAUAUUAAAAGUCCCCAUGAUCCGCUCGAUGCUGAAAGGUGUCGUCUAACCAUACCGCAUGCUGUCCUCUGCAGUGAAAUGGGGGCCCAUUUUUCACCUUGUGGGAGAUUUUUGGCUGCAUGUGUCGCAUGCGUGCUUCCUCAAAUUGAAACUGAUCCAGGUUUAUUAACACAACUACAUCAAGAUUUCUCGGGGGCAGGUACGUCCCCGACCAGACACCCAAUCUCAGCACGACAAGUCUUGUACGAGCUUCGUAUAUACUCCCUUGAAGAAGCAACCUUUGGUGUGGUGCUUGUAUCAAGGCCAAUUCGAGCUGCUCAUUGUCUAACUUCAAUACAGUUUUCUCCCACCUCUGAGCACAUAUUGCUUGCAUACGGUCGACGACAUAGUUCGCUUCUCAAAAGCAUUGUCAUUAACGGAGAAACAUCACUACCCGUUUACACUGUUUUGGAGGUAUAUCGAGUUUCAGAUAUGGAACUUGUGAGCAUUCUUCCUAGUGCAGAAGAUGAAGUCAAUGUAGCUUGUUUUCAUCCUUUAGCUGGUGGUGGCCUUGUCUAUGGGACCAAGGAAGGAAAGCUGAGGGUUUUCCAGUAUGAUGGUUCUCAUGACAAGAGUUGUACUGGAACAAAUUUCUUUUCAGAAGACAGUUUUGAUGAGGUAGAACAGUAUCCCAGGUUCAGACAUAUGCUAUAGAAUGCUAGACGGCUAGACCUGGGUUGUUGUAUUCAUCAUGUGAGGUGUACAUCGUGAUAGAAUGGGUGAUAUACAACUUAUGGAGCUGUUGCAUGCGCUAGCUUGUUAAACCGGGGGUUCUUUGAUCACCCCCCCCUUAUACUGGAAUCAUGUUUGUGUCAACCGUCAACUUGUACAUUAUUACCAUAGGGUUUGAAAUGCGUGAAGUUUGUAUCUUUGGCUUUUUUUCCUUUUUCAUCUGUUGGUAUUUUUUUUUCUUUCUUAUCCUUUUCGGUUACGUUGUUUAAGUAAUGAGGUAGAGCCGUAGAGGCAACUGAGAAAAGAAAAAGGUGUAUCGCUUCCCUGGGGGAUGGGUAAGCUGUUUGUUUGCUUGAUGCAUUUAUGUAAUCUGAAAAAUGGGAUGUGCUCCAUUAUAAUCAGCUUAAUCUAUAGCUCUUGCUUCAA